UCUGGGUCGAUGUAACAGGGCUUCUUGAACACACACUUUAGCCCCAUCUUUUGAGCACUUGUGUGAAUGCAGCCUCAAAGUGUUUCUGUGUGAACUUUGAUUUGGAAACAUGGCUGCCAUGAAGAAAGUUCUGCUUGCUGCUGCUGUUGCUGCCCUGGCUGCAUUUGUGGGACACACAUACCUGAGACUGAAGCAUAUAAUGCUUGCUUCCAGAGAGCUGCCUGUGAAGCACCUCAACUGUCAUUAUUUACAGAACAUUGAAUAUGGGGCAGAGGAUAUCACCAUACUUAAAGAUGGACUGGCUUUCCUUAGCACGGGGUUGAAAUUUCUUGAUUUACCUUCAUUCUCUGAUGAACCGGGGAAAAUGUACGUUUUGGAUCUGCUGCAUCCGAGGCCGACCCCUGUGGAGCUGCAGAUCAAAGGAGAGCUGGACCUCAGUUCAUUCAAUCCUCAUGGGAUUAGUGUUUACACCGAUGAAACAGAUGACAACAUAUAUGUGUUUGUUGUCAAUCACCCUCACGAAGCUAGCCAGGUAGAGAUCUUUCGUUUUGUUGCUGAAGACACACUUGUGCACCUAAAGACCAUCACCCACCCUUUGCUCCACAGCGUGAAUGACAUUGUUGCAGUUGGAAAGGAGAGCUUCUAUGCCACAAAUCAUUUCUCCUUUCCCAAUCAAGCGCUUCACUUUCUGACCAUGGUUCUGGCUAUGCCCAUGUGUGACGUGGUGUAUUACAGUCCCAGUGAAGUGAGGGUGGCAGCCGGUGGCAUUAUGUCUGGAAAUGGGAUCAAUAUAUCUCCUGACAAACGGUAUAUUUAUGUUUCAGAUAUCAUAGACCAUGAAGUAGACGUUUUUGAGAGAAAGAAAGGGGAGCAGUUAGAGUAUAUUAAGUCUGUAGGGGUUGGAUCGCUUUGUGAUAACAUCGAGGUGGACCACAGGACAGGCGACCUGUGGCUGGGUUGUCAUCCAAAUUCUAUGAAGUUGUCAAACUUCGACCCUAAAGAUCCUCCAGGCUCUGAGAUCCUCAAGAUCAAGGACAUUCACUCAGAGCAUCCAGUGGUGAGCAUGGAGUACGCUGACAACGGCCAAGUGCUUAUGGCCUCCACUGUUGCGGCUCCCUAUGAGGGAAAGUUGCUUAUUGGCACUGUUUUCCACAAAGCCCUGUACUGUGAUUUGAAAUAAUCUGUAUAAUAUGUACUAUAUCUGUUGUUAGUACUGUAGCAAACAGUCGACAAGUUGCUCAUCUGCACUGUAUUCAAUAAAGCCUUGGUCUGUGAUCUGAA